AUGCCAGUCGUCGCAGCACCCCCCGCAGGUGGACCAGUUGGUCCCUCGACGUUUGACAAGAUGAAAAUGGGUGCCAUGAUGGGCUCAACUGUUGGUGGAAUCAUGGGCUUCAUUAUUGGCACGGUGACCAUUUUCCAAUACGGCGCAGGCCCUAACGGUGUUAUGCGCACACUGGGCAAGUACAUGCUCGGCUCGGGAGCCACUUUCGGUCUGUUCAUGUCCAUUGGCAGUGUUAUCCGCACCGAGGGACCCUACAACAAUGCUUGGCUGCGCGCUCAGGGACCCCCUAUCAUGCUUCCACGCCAAACCCCUGUGCGCCAGAUGCGCCAAUAA